AUGACCUACUGUCAACCCCAGCAGUACGCUCCACCUCCCCGCAUCAUACCAUGUAUAGGCCCUCAAAGCAGUCCCAUUUAUCAUCCGCCGCCUGCUUGGAUGCAAGGCCAAUUCCAAGGGCGAACUCGGCACAAAAUCACCAAGCCUUCUUUCCACCACCGUUACGAGUGCAGGCCUGACAAUGCACCCGACGGUCCUGCACCCUACAACCUUGCCAUCUCAAACAAUCAGAAGAAGUACCCCAACUUAGUCUUGAACGCCGAGGGGAUCGUAAUGGCUGCUUGUUAUUUCCCAAACAUAAGCAUUUACUACAAUAGCGAAGAGAAGACAUUUCGCAUUGGUCUUGGUGAUCCAUCAAACGUUCGGUGGGCAGAAAUGCUGUACCGUGGAAAAGAUAAGUACGGCUGGACAUGUACCUUUAAUCUCCCAGACACGGGACAGCCCAUUCCAAUGGCCUGGACGAAGGGCAACAGCGUGGCUGUAGAUGCUAUGGAAGCUUCUCGCUCAAGCGGCAAUAACUUCAAACUGUUAGAUCCAAAUGGCCAGCUUAUGGCAGUCUUUACAAGCCAUACUAGGAGCUUCCGCCUCAACGCCGUUGGAACUUUACAAACCAACAUGGAUACCGGCCCAUGUUUGGGUAUGGCGCCACCACAACUUUGCUGUCUAUCUACGAUUUUCAGGAGCGCGAAGAGGGUGGCAUAUUAA